UAUAAAGUAAUUUAAAGUGGAGAACUUGAAAUCGCUUGUUUGAAAGUUGCUUUGAAAAAGCGGGAAGGAGGCUACUGACGUUCAAGUGAGCUCUGCCGGUCAGUUACCUUCUGACUUCUGAGGCGGAGGUAACAUCUCGUUUCUUGAGGGAAAUAAACAAGGUCAAGGGGAUGCCGAGAGCGAGUUAAUUUCGUCUGGGUAGCUUGUCAUUUCGAUCACAACGUUAUUCCGUGGUUUCUGAGGUCGGCCCGGUGAUGCUGAACCUCUCCUGAGAGCUAUGAAGCCUCGGGAGGUCGACGUGUCCCCCAAGAAACCGGAAGCAUGUUGCAGUUCUGGAAGAAGGGCAGCUCGCCCAAGAAGAUCAAGAACGGCUGCCCCCAGACGGCGGACCUCGACUCGGACUUCUCGGUGAGGAGCGGCCCCCUCGCCAAGUUCAAAUCAGAGGAUUCCAUCGGAAAGCAACCAUGUGAGAAGCUGUCCAGACUGUCUCUGGGCCUCGAAGAUGCCAUUCACAACAAGACAGCCCUCUCUUACCUUUCGCAGUACAUGGAAGUGAGGGGAUACUCCAACCUAUUUAACCUCCUCGCCGAUCUGGAGAGGUUGCCGUUUCGGCUCCAGCCGUCGCCGCGGAGCGCCCACAGCCCGUCUGGCUUGUCGACCGACGAGGCAAACUCAGUCCUCUCAAUCAGGCACAUCUUCGACAAGUAUCUCAACGAAGAAUCUCAUUGCAAGGUCAAGAUGCCGGAUGAUAUUAAGUUGGCCGUCUUGUCUGCGCUCAGCUCCGAUCAGACCGAUGUACAGAUUAGCAAAUUAAAAAAUGCCGUUUUCUACUUGAUAAAAAAAGACAUUUGGAAUGAUUUUCUGAAAAGUGAUUGGCACUGUAAAUACCAAAUAGAGGUAAUGACUAGCCGUUCAAUGACACUUAGCGAUGUGCUUUACAAUGAUUCAUGCCUUGGUGCUUUCUUAGAUUUUUUAGACUCGGAAGGUCUCAGUCCUGUCAUAGAGUUUUGGCUCUCGGCCACAAGCUUUGAAAAGCAGUACAAAUGGGAGAACAGUCCGAACUCAGAUUCGAUUCAAAACGACGCCAUCGCGAUAUACGAGAAAUACUUGUCUCUACAAGCAAUGACCCCACUCGGAGUUUGUGACCAAGUCCGAUUUGCCGUAGAAGAAGGGAUCUGCAGGGAGACGCAGACUUCCCCGGAAUGUUUUUGGCCCGCGCAGGUUGCCGUGGAAGACUUUUUGAGCCAGAACUGCCUCAAGCAUUUUCUCUCGUCGCAGCAGUACCUCGCAUUGCUGAGCGAUGUGAUGGCUACAACAUGUUUGACCUCCUUGAUCACAAAAUCCAACCUGAGCCCUGCUUCGUCUAUCACCGAGGGCAGCCAAGAUUUUUCAAAAGCCUCUCAAGUCGACGUUGAAGGCCUUUGGAGGAGAAGAAAGCACAACUGUGGUUUGAGCUUUGGCAGAAUCGACCAACUUGGCAGAUACGAAACCGAUAUUGAGCCAGAGCCAGAGAGAAAAUCCGAGUCCAGGAUCACCCGAGUUGUCAAGCUCCUUUUGAAUAAAGACGAACAAAAAGCUCAAGAGGAAAUGGCUUGGAGGGUAGCAGAGAUGAUCGUUAAAGACAUUACGAGUAUUACGAUGGGCGCACCCCAUUCAGAAGACGCAUAGUGAUAGUGUUGUGAAUUGAGGAAAUUAUGUUUGUAUUUUUAUCCAAGGACUCGAUGUAAUAUUAAAAACGAUUUUUGUUAUUAAAGUAUUUUUGAAAGUCAUUUUUGUUGCGCAUUAAGGACCAGAAAUUGUAUAUAAAAUUAUAUUUUCCAAUAUACAUAUAUGCAGUUGUAAUUUAUUUGAAUGUUAUUGAAACUUCUGAGAUAUAAUGUUAAAUGAUAUAAAUGUGAUUGUAUAAUAAAUAUGUUUUAUUAUUAAAGAUUGGGUAAACAUAAA